UAUUCCAGAAGCACUCAAUCCUUUGUCAAACAUUUCAGGAAACUCCAUGAGCUGAACUUUUUUUUUAAAAUAAAAACAAACUUAUCUUUGGCAGGAUAAUGAGUGUGGAAAUCCUGGAAUUUAAAAGCUAAGCAGUUGCUUCUGUCUGAACAGAACAUUCAGUGCUUUGAGAAACUCGGCAACAAACUUUGCAGCAGCAUGCCUGUACAAGCCUAAAACAGCUGAAAUGAAAGCCACAAAUUACAUCUUUACUGCAAUUAGGCAACUUCUCCAAAGAAGAAGCACUGUGAAACAAAGAGGAAUUUGCAUACAAUUGAGAAUGUUACAUAGGGACACUUUAGCGUAGGUCUGCCUGUGCACUUUCCAGCAAUUGCAGACAGAUAAGACCCUGGCACGUGGACAGCUGGGCUACAAAGAUACAAAAAGAGGAAGAGAAACAUUUUCGAGUGUCUGAACCAACAGCAGCCUACUGAGAGAUUCUUGCCUUUGGAUUCAAAUUCUGGGAAUUGGCCUGAAAACCAGAAGAACUCAAGCCACAAACAAGACUAGUGCCAGCAGAUAAGGACAUAAAGGAGAGAUAAUGAUUGCGUGACAAGCAUUUAGUCUCUACACAGACUGUAGACAGUCAAGCAGGACGAGUCGUUUGGAAUCAGCUGCGUUGUUGUGUUUGACUGACAGAGGAGCCACUAGAAGAACCACUGAACUGGCCUUGUGCAAGUCGUUUUAUAUUUUACACAGUUUAUGAUUCUUGAUUUCUGAGAGUGACUUUUGAAAGUGUCAGUCAUGUCAAAGGAGGAACAGUUGAACUACAGCGAGGCCAUUCAGAACGCCAGUGCCUACCUGAUGCGCUUCCCUCUCAUUCCAGUCAGAGGAAUUCCUCUCAUGAACUAUAUCGCCAACAACUGGGACUCCAUCUGGGCUUUCUGUCCUGACCCUUCAGACCUCCUCAUCGCCACCUACCCCAAAGCAGGGACCACAUGGACCCAGGAGAUAGUUGACCUGCUUCUUCACAAUGGAGAUGCUGAGGCCUGCAAACGAGCCCCCACACCUGUCCGCAGUCCCUUCCUAGAGAUCUGCUCCCCACCACCCAUCCCCUCAGGUCUUGAGCUCCUGCACAAAAUGGAUCCCCCAAGAAUGAUUAAGACACAUCUUCCGUUUCAGCUGGUUCCUCCAGGAUUUUGGGAAAACAAGUGCAAGACUAUUUACGUUGCACGCAAUGCCAAAGACAACCUGGUGAGCUACUACUACUUUCAUUGUAUGAACCUGACCCUGCCUGAGCCAGGGCCCUGGGGGGACUACAUCCAAAAGUUCAUGCGAGGACAAUUGUCAUGGGGCUCCUGGUAUGACCAUGUGAAAGGUUACUGGAAGGAGAGAGAGAAGAGGAAUAUUCUCUAUCUUUUCUAUGAGGAUCUGAAAGAGAAUCCUCGGCGUGAAGUGGAGCGCAUCAUGAGGUACCUGGACUUGUCGGUCUCUGAUGAGGUCAUCAGCAAAAUUGUGGAGCUCACGUCCUUUAAGAACAUGAAGGAGAACCCAAUGGCCAACUACUCCUGCAUCCCAAAAUGUGUUUUUGAUCCUUCCAUCUCUGACUUCAUGAGAAAAGGUGAAGUAGGUGACUGGACAAACCAUUUCACUCCUGAGCAGUCAACGAUGUUUGAUGAGGAUUAUGAAAAGCAAAUGAAAGAUGCCAACAUAUCAUUCAGGACCCUCAUCUAAUGGGUUUUCCAGAUUGAUGCAGCUGUACAAAUCAAAAAUCAACUGACAUUUUGUAGCACUCAGAAAUUUUGGCAUGAGCUAAAACGCAGACAAUUGUUUGACUCGCCUUACUACACCUUAUGAUGUUUCUGUAUAAAGGAAAUCAUUCAAAUGUAUGUGUGAACGAUCAGUAAAAAUGUACUCCACAAUACAA